AUGGCAAGCAAAUUCCCUUAUGGCUGGUUCUUUAUUCAGUCCCGCUGUAAGCACAAGAUGGUUCUUGACGUGUCAUGGGAUUCCCUCAAGACAAGCGCCAAGGUGAUUGUGUACCCAAUGAAAGAAACAGACAAUGCCAAUCAGUUGUGGAUGUAUGACCAUGGCUACAUUAUCAAUAAAAACAGUGGUCUCGUCUUGGAUAUUCAAGGUGGUGUAUUGGAGAGUGACAAGCAAGUGAUCCAGUUCAAGCGAAAGAUGCUCGAAGAUGCCCAAAACCAACGAUGGUAUUAUCGUGAAGAUGGUUUCAUUUACCCACAAGCAGAUCCUAAUCUGGUGCUUGAUAUUCGGGGUAAUUGGACAAAGCCAGGAACAGUGGUGUUAUUGUAUGAGCGUAAAUACGAAGACAAUGAGAAUCAAUUGUGGGAUCUUGUGCCAUACCAAGAACCAAAGAGAUUAGUGAAUGACAGAACAGGUUCAGAAUCACCUCAAGACCCAGACGAGGAUUACUCAUUUAGUACAGCAAGCUAUGCAUUAUAAUACCUGUCUAAUUAAUUUUGUUCCCUCAUCUUAUUAAUAUUAUUUUUAAUAUUAAUUAAAACGCACACCCACCCACACCUACCCACACACACCCACACACACCCACACACACCCACACACACCCACAGAAAGAGAAAGAGACGCAGAUACACGCUACUUAAAACAUGCAUACAUACAUACAUAAAUAUAAAUAUAUAUUAAAUUAUUGAAAGACAAUCCUGCCAUUGAUUCUC